UUAUUUUUGAGGUAACGGAGGCCUCACGAUUCCAUCAUCUUCAGCCGCCGUCUCCCACUCUCUUCAACCACGACAACCCCAUAAUUUCAGCUGAAGCCGGAAACAGGCGUCUCUCGUCUCUUUAUCUCUCUCUCUAUCUCUUCCUCUAUAUUUCAGACUUCUAAUGACAAAUAAUGAGAAUGACGCUCUAGUAUUGGCUGAUAAUGCAUUUGGGAAGCUUCCUGAUCAUCUCCUGAUAGAAAUUUUCAUCAGAGUUCCCAUAUCAGAGUGGGCUCAAAUAUCAUGUGUUAAAAAGCAGUGGGCUAAUCUAUUUCGUGGAGAAUGCUUGUGGCAAGCUGCUCUUAACAGAAAUUAUCCCUUUGCAGGCGAAGCUAAAAGAUGGCCUGGACCCAUACCUCAAGGGUUGAGCAGAAGGAGAUACACAGCUUUAUAUGUCAGUAAACACAUCUUUGAACUGGAUGGUGAGAUAGAUGAGAUUGUGGGUCAUACUUAUUUGUUUCUCAAAGAGCAACUUGAACUUUCCACAAUGCCACCUCCCUCUGGCAUUCUUCAUGGAACCAUAAUAGAUCAAUUUAUUGCUUGUGGGAAAUCAAGAGAUUCUGCCCAUGAGCUUGCUUCCCAGAUCUGGCUAGCUGUUCUUGAUAAUUUGGAAGAAAAUGAGCACACAUUUGUCUUACUUAAACGCCUUGCACAAGAGGGGGAUGUUUUUCUUCCAUACCCAUAUGCAAAAUCCAUUAAAGUGCAAUGGAGGGUUUUUGAGAAGCUUUUCACUGAUUUCCGUGACUGCUUCAAUCAUGUAGAUUAUUAUGAUGUACUGGCUUGUGCAAAGACCAGGUUCCAGCCAAUACCUUCUGCUUGGUUGGGUUACUAGAUCACUUCCCAAAUUCAAUAUCUGGACCACACUGUUAAUGUUCAUACUAAUGCAACUGGUCUGUUGCAGUAAGUCCUGUUGUUUCUUGUUUUAUUUAUCAUAAAGGAAACUGUAUAUUUUGGCAAUAAUCUUCCUUUCUUGCCUUCUCUUAGCUGGAUGAAAUAACAAAUGUAUAUGAUUUGAUCCAUGUUGGUCCAUUACUACUGUAAUGUGAUUGAAAAAAAUCAAGUGGGUAUCUUGGCAACAGUUGUUUUUAA